AUGGUAUCUUCUAGCACAGCAUUCAGCUCCGGACAGCAUGCACUUCCAGAUCUUGGCGAUCUCCACCACUUUGUCAUGGGUGUGGCCGCCAACCACGUCGACAUACCAAAGAUUCCUUCCGCGUUCAUCGGCCCUGCUCGUCCUACCUCUACAUAUCUUGGCGAGGAGACCGUCCUAGCUGGUCCAUCGAGCGAGACCGCCGUUCCGAUUAUGUUCCGCUGUGUAUGGGGGCCCGGCAACCACUCUCGCCACGUGCUCGUCAGAAUGAAGCCUUCCGUAUCAGAACAGGCUCUCGGACUCCGCUUGUGCCAACGUUUAAACAUCCCGACUACAGGAGCCGUGACUAUAGAGCCGGUGAUCAAGUGGAUACCGGGAUUGAUGCCUUAUACAAGUGGUAUAGACAAAGGCAAGCCUCUCUCGAACAAUCCGCUCGUGACCGUACCUCGCGCUAACUGGCUUUUAGUCUUACUUUUUGCAGAGGUGGUACAGGCGCUCGGCUCCAGUCUGAGCGGCAUUGUUGACCUCGACCUCCUCAUCUGCGACAGGUAA